AAAAAAAACGAAAAAAAUUGAAUGUUCUCGACUAUUUUGAGUCGGUAAAUUCGACUAAAAAAAAUUAGCCUACAUCUAAAUGCGUUAUACACUGAAAGGAUAUCUCUUUUUUGUUGCGUUUAAAAAUCAAUUAUGUUGUUGUUUUCUAUAGAAAGUUGAGUUUCUCAGAAUUUCAAGAGCCCUAUUUCCGCGUUAAAAACUAUAGCCUAUACAAAAAUUUUCAAUGACAAAAUUGUAACAAAAAACAAAAUGUUUAUAACCAUAUUCAUAAGUCUUAAAUUUUUGGGAUUACCAAUAACCCAUUCGGUAUUAAUGGAGUAGUUAAUUUUUCUAAUUACAAAUGGCUUAAAAAUAAUGUUGAAAUAAAUUGAAAAUCAUCAACAGCUACACAUGUAUAAACUACUUAUACAUUGUGGAUUGUUUUCAAAAAUUUUUCAUUGAAUCGAUUCAAAUUCUAUUGUUUUCUGUAGGAAAAAUGGAAAAAGCACGAAAUGUUUCAAGUUUGGAUCCAAUGAAAAAAAAUACAAAAAUUUAUUCAUGACGCAUCUACAUACAGUAAGCAUAUGACGAUUUUGCUUAAUGUCAUAUCUAAAGAGCAAACUGUAUUCAUUCGACAGGAUAUGACAUUUUCGAUUUAUCAAAUAGACAAGCCAACAAGUGUUUAUCCGGAGAAUAAUCAAAGUUUAAAACUAGAAAAAUAACUGACAUUUGUUUCUAUUGCUUUUUAUUUGAAAAAAAUUGAAAGACUAAUAGAAAGACGAUUAUCAACAAAUGUAAUGAACUCAGAUUGUAACAUAAUGUGAAUGUCAGCAUUUAUGGCCAUAAUCUUUGAGAGACACACGCACACAUAGAUUUUUAUGAAUCUCUCUCUCUCCCAAUCAUUUUUUUAUAAAUGAUUGCAUUUAUGAUGAGGAUCAGCAUCAUUAAACUUGCAUAAAAUAAUGUAGUAAAUAGUGAAGGCUUAAUUCCUUAUGCAAGUACUUCUUAGUCUUCAUCAUUCUCAUCAUCACCAUCCGAAUCAAUCAAACGAAACAGAAUUAAUAAAGAAAUUGUCAACAAUAUUAAAAUGUUAAGAAUGAACUAACAUUGACAACAAUUACUACUACUACUGCCUAACUUGAAAUGCCAUUUUUUUUAAAUAUUGACAAAAACAAUCAUCUGUGAAGCGAUCAAGUCCAAUGCAAACGUGUGUUCAUCAUAUUUUAAAAGUGGACAUUGUACAAAAACAAACUCAGUGAACAUUGAUUACAAUUUAAAAAAAGCAUAUAAUCAAUUAAUGAUUGAAUUAUUGUUAAUAUUCUGAUAUUCAAAUUGUUAUAUCGGUAUGUGAUCAAAUAUAAACACAAGCAUAUACAAAGCAUAUCAAAAGACAAAUCUCACACGUGAUUCAAUGAACUACUAUAUCAUUUAAUCUUAAUCUAUUGAACAAAUCAAUAAUCUGAAAAACAAACUACGUCUUUGGAAUUUUUUUUUGAUGCUGAAUAUUAUUUUAUAUCCCACUCAUUUAUAGUGGCUAUUCCUUCAAUUCAUUGUAAAUGAACAUUGAAUUACGAAGACAGCGAAAUUUUUCGAUAGUAAAUUAUCUACUACAAACAACUGACAAGCUCAUCGCGUUUUUUUUACGUAUAUGUGUAUAUGUGUUAUUGUAGUUUGUCAAUAUGUCUUCAAAACAAAAUCAUAAAUUAUUUCAGACAAACAAAUAUUGUUGUCAUAUUCAUACUUGAACGUAUCAAUCAAUCAAUUUACCGUCUAAUCAUUUGGAAUCAUCCUAUCAAUCUAUUUGAUUUCAAUAAAACUAUUUGAAUUUGAUCGACACCAAUCAUAGCUAAUGGUAACGAUAUUGGAUUUCGGCAUGAUCGAAUCGAAUUUUUGUUUGUUGAGUGAACUUGGUCAUCUACAUCAUCAAGAUUCAUCAAGCUCUGUUUAACAUCCGUGGGUCCAUAUCGGCAUCAACACAUCAAACAGUGAAAAAGAUUUUGUCCUAGUCGUUUUAGUGUGAAAUCGAUUAUAUCAAACAAAAAUUAUCUUCGUUAUGGCAACCAUCAUCAAAAUCAUCAUUUACUUAGUUCAAGCGAUUGGUUAGAGCUGAUGCUACUAAGUCAUGCUGUUUAUACCAUCUCUUAUCAAAUGUUCGACGAAUUCGGUUCUACAAACGCGAAAACUGGAAAAGAGAAAAAUUUUACUCGACUGAUUGGUUGAGUUUAUUUAAACAAUUUGAUAAUUUUAUUUUUUCAGAUGAAACCACUACCAGCAUCAUAACGGCUAAAUUUGAUGGAUAUUAUGAUCUUUGUCAUGACGAGGAUCCUCAGUGAUUGUUUGCAUGUUCAUGACCGGAAUGUUCUUACUCACGGUUCAUCGAUUAAAAUCCACAAUUAUGAAUCCACAAUUUUUUCUAGGUAUCCAUGUAUCGGCGUUUCCAAGUUAACUAUAAUAACAACAACGACGAUAGAAAGCAUUACCAGCCGUUAUUUCAAUAUUCGUAAUAAUAAUAAUCAUCAUAAUUAUAAAGAUGGUGUUGCACUAGAUUUUUAAUUUUUUCUUGUGUUUAGUGUUGCCAUUGGUUAUCAAAUUGCCAUGACCAUAUAAAAGUGUUGUUGUUUUUGUUUUUUAAGUUGAAUUGUGGUGAUUGCACUUUUGUUUUCGUGUUUCCAUCAUUUCAAUGUAGAAAAAAAAUUACUGUGGUGCUGAAAUAAGGGUUGGAAAUCAACGUAUAUUCUGCAUUCUGUGAACAAUGGUUGUGAAAAAUUCAUUUAAAUAUAAAAUAAAGCUCAACAAAAUAACUAUCUGUUUUUAAUUAGUCUCAUAUUUUGUAUGUUUGUGCCUGAUGAUAUCGAUAUCAACAAUAAUCCUCGAUGUGAUAAACACCAACUUGAACAAAGUGAUAUGAGAAUAGGGAGAGAACCAAAGAUUGUUUAUUCUUCCUGGUUCUCCCCCCUAUGUAUUUCGUUGUUCGAAUUCAACAAAUGGAAUGAUAACCAAAACUACAACAAAAAUAGACAUAACAAUUGAAUCAACUGAAAUAAUUACUUUACGAUCAUGAAAGAUUGUUGGAUUGAAUAAAAUUGAUAGAAAUGAAAGGAAUGUUGUUCGAUCGAUGUUAAAAAUUAUUGAUUAAUCUUGUUUAUGUGUAUGUAUCAAAAUCUAUCAGACUUAAUGUGCGUUUCAAUGAUAAAUUGUCAUCAACAAUUUAUGCCAUUAUUGUUUAUAGCAACUAAUAGCUCAUCAUUGAAUUAUAACAAAAUGCAGCCAGCAUUCUUACAUAAAUUAACCAUUGUAAUUGUUUUGAUUAUAAUAAUCAUAUUCGGUUCUUGUCUAUUGAUGACCACACAAUUAUCUACAUUAACAUCAUCAUCAUCAUCAACUUCAAACAGCCAUUUAUUGGCAACCAGAUCGUAUGAAGAAUCUUUAUCGAUAAAAAAGUUAUUGUUUUAUAAAUUCAAUAAUAAUAAACAAAACAACAGUAGCUACGAUCGAAAUCAGUUCAAAUUGAGAAGAAAUUUUACUUUAUCAUCAACAACAUCACCAUCAUCUCAACAAAUGAUGAGAUUUAUACCAACAUCCUCAACAUCAUCUUCAACAUCAUCUACAACAUCUCGGAUCGAUGUCUUAUUCGAGAAUCGUAUUUCUAAAUUGAAAGAUUCACAAGAAAAUGUAGAAGAAAUCGAAAUAAUCAAUAAUGAUACUAAUAUCGAUAAUAGUGAAGAUUAUAAUGAUGAAGUUGAUGAUGCUGAUGAUGACGAUGAUGAUGAUGAAGGUGUCAUUAAAAAUGAAAAUAGCGGUAUUCAGCAACAUCAAUCAGCUCCUGAGAAAUCUGACCCUUCCGUAGAAAUUAAAAAGAAACUUUUGUCACUAUUAUCGCAAAAAAUUCGUCGACGAAAACAACAUCACCCACAAAGAAAUCUUCCAAAAGAAUCGCUUUCGACACUUGGAAUCCAUUUCGAUAAUCUUAGUCAGUUGCCAGAUUGGCAGUCAUUACCAUCAUCGACACUACAAUCACAACCGCCAAGUUCAUCAUUUGACCUCGAUGAUGUUAAAAACAAUGAAGACUCCUUUGAGGAUGAAAGAACCGAUGAUGCAAUUAAUGACAGCAAUAAUCCGAUCUCAUUUUCUCAAUUAUCAUCUCAUUCGCAUUCCUCUUCCGUCUCUCCACUAUCAUCAUUAAAUAAUUUCGAUACAACAAUUACGAUUCCACAAACUUCAUCAAUUUCAGAUCAAUCAUCUUCAAUUGAUCAUCAAUCAUUUGAACAGAUUCCAUCAUCUUCAUCAUCAUUGGGAGAUUCCGGUAAACCAUGGCUACCAUUAAAACAGCAACAAUCGUCUAAAUUGCCACGGCCAUCAUUGAAUCUAAGUUCAAGAUCACAAUCGAUUGAGCAAUUAUUACGUGAAUUAUCUCAAAAUCGUCACUUUUAUCAAAUGAAUCAAAACAAUAACAAAAAUGCACACCAUUUGAGUAAUUCAAGUGACAACAAAAAUCGAUCGGAACCAAAUCACAAUAAUAAGCAGCUAUUAUUGCUGCAAAAUGAUAGCUGCUCAAAUCCGAACGGAAUAUUGAUUACUAUAUCAACUGAUAUCGAAAUAUCAUCACCCAACUUUCCACAAAGUUAUCCACCAAAUAAACAUUGUAUAUGGCAUAUACAAUCACAGAAAGAUCAAUUGCUCAAAGUACAAAUAUUCAAACUCCACCUCGAACACGAUGCAAGAUGUCGUUUUGAUUAUCUUGAUUUCGAAGGUGUUCAUCAUGUUGACAAAGGAGAAACAAAAAUAAAAACGAAAAAAUUCUGUGGACAAUAUUCCGAUCUUCAUGAAUUCAAAAUCGGUGCCAAUCACACAACGAUUGUAUUUCAUUCCGAUUCAUAUAAUGAAUAUCCAGGAUUUCAUAUUCGAAUAAUUGCAGAAUCGCAAGAUUGUACAAACGAAAUGUUUGUACCAAAUUUUUCUUAUAUAACAUCACCAAAAUAUCCAGAUUCAUAUGAAAAUUCAAAAAAUUGUUGGACUUUGGUUCGUACACGUCCUAAUCAUCGUCUUUUGAUUCAUUUUGAAAAGUUACAUCUUGAAUCGGGUGCUAAUUGUGAAUUUGAUUAUGUGGAAGUCUAUGAUUCUUCCAAAGCUAUUCCAUCAAAAUCGUUGGGCAAAUUUUGUACAUACCCGAAUAAUUCAAAAUUAUUUAUUCAUUCUACCGACAAUUCUCUACUAUUUCAUUUUGAAUCGGAUAGUUUUCUUGCUCUAGGUGGUUAUAUAGCCAAAAUUGUUGCCAUACGUAAUGAUGUAAACAUUUCUCGAUACAUGGAAUGUGAUUGGAAUGCCGAUUGGAAGAAUAUGAUCAUCUCUAGCCCAUCGUAUCCUAGUUAUCCAAUUGGAUCUCAAUGUGAAACAUCGAUCAUGGCGCCAUCAUCAAACGAACGUAUUAUAUUGCUAUUUGACUGGAUCGAUUUAAUGGAUACAAAAGACGAUAUUCAUGAUGAUGAUGAUAGUGAUUAUGAUCAAAAAUUUGAUGCAUCAUACAAUGGCCGUUCACCACACAUUAUUCGAAGACAUCGACCUCAUCAACAUUUGUAUUGUUCCCAAGAUCGUCUGGAAAUCUAUGAAACAUUAAACGAUACUGAACCAUCGACGCUUUUUUGUGGUUUUCAAAGCCAACCUAUACGUUAUAUUUCACAAACCGAUAGUAUACGGUUGGUUUUUCGUUCGACUCAUUUUAACAAUCAAUCGAAAACUGAACAAAUAUCGAAAAUCGAUACUGGUGUCUAUAAUGCUUCGAAUGUGGGAUUUCGUGCAAAAUUCACUUUUAUAUCAAAAGAUGAUAAUAAAAAUAUUACAUUCAAUUCUGAUUCAAGCCUGGAUAGUGUACAAAAAUCUUGGCAUCACACAAAUGAAUCUACAACUCCAGCGAAUUCAGAUCCCGUGAACAAUGAUAUCAUUUUAAUUCAUCCUCCGCAAAAUGCCUCGAUUCGUUUGGGGUCAUCUCAUAUUCUAUAUUGUGAAAUAAAAAUGCCUUCAAAUGGAUAUGGUGAACCAUUAUUACCAAUCAUAUGGUUCAAAGGUGAUCGUGAAAUACACGAAGGCGUUUCAAGCAAUGGAAGCUCAUUAAUGAUAAGAGAAUUUACACCGAAAUCUGUUGGACGAUACAUUUGCGUAUAUGGUGAUAAUUCAAGUGAUGCUUGGCUAACUUUAAAACCAGACACAACUAGAUGUUCAUCAUCGAAUGUUUUAUUUCGUGAAAGACCACGUGAUCAAUUUACCAGUGAAGGUGAAUUCGUCAUGUUACAUUGUAGUGCCACAUUGACUGAUUCACAACAGGAUGUUGAAAUCAGUUGGCAACGUGUGCCAUUAAUUCAUAAUCACUCGGGCGAUAGUCAAUUAAUCACUCGUCUUCAGCCAGUUGUAUAUAAUUCAAGGAUUAAGAAACUAAGUCGUGGGGAUUUACUUUUUGACCGAGUUCUUGUAGAAGAUUCAGGUUAUUAUUUCUGUGUGGUUCGACUUGAUCAACAAUUACUAUCAAACAGAUCUAGCAUCGACAAAAUUAAUAUUACCGAUUACAAUGAUGAGGAUUGUGUGCUAAAAUCGGUCGCUCGUGUACAGAUUAAUCGACGUGUCGAUGUUAGAGAUUUUUGUGGUCGCGUUUCAAUUGAACAAAAUUAUCAGACGGAAAAGAUGGAAGAUGUGGGCAAAAUUAUCGGCGGUACGGAAGCACGGCUUGGUGAAUUCCCUUGGAUGGUUAUGUUUUGGGAUGAAAAGCGGCAUGUCUUUUGUGGUGGGGCACUGCUAAAUGAACGAUGGGUAGUGACAGCUGCACAUUGUUUCACUGAUGUAAUAGAUGAAUCAACAGUGUUUGUAAAGCUAGGAAAAUAUGAUCAAACUGAAACGGAACCAACGGAAGUGGUAACAAAAAUCCAACAUAUUAUAAAACAUCCACAUUUUUCGAAUGAAACAUUUGAUAAUGAUAUUGCAUUAGUCAAAUUGACUACUCAUAUACAAUUUAAUGAUAAUAUUCGACCAAUCUGUUUGGCUACAUCGACCGAUGAAGUUCGUGAAAUGAAUACGAUUUUCUUUUCUCAAGACCAUCAUAAUGAUGAUAAUGGUGAUGAUGACAAUCGAAUUAUAAAGUUUGGUAUUGUAGCCGGUUGGGGUCGAUUAAAAGAGAAUGGACCGCUGCCACGAUAUCUACAUAGAAUACGAUUGCCAAUUAUUGAUUUACAACGAUGUCGCCAAUCUACAACAUUCAAAGUAACGGAUAAUAUGUUUUGUGCAGGUUAUGGUAAAGAAAUUGUUGGUGAUGCAUGUAAAGGUGAUAGUGGUGGUCCAUUAGUAAUAGAAUUUCAUUCCCGUUGGACAUUACUUGGUAUUGUUUCUUGGGGUGAAGGAUGUGGUCGACCCAAUAAAUAUGGUUACUAUACCAAAGUGAAUAAUUAUGACAAUUGGAUAAGACGUUUAACCGCCAUUCAUUAGUGAUUUAAAUUUUUCAAUUUCUUUAUUCAUAUUUUUUUGUGUAAAUUAUUUCUCUUUUGUCCUUGUUUUUUUUUCAUUAUUCAUUUUGUUUCAUAUUUUGAAAAACAUUCUUAAUUCAAUGCCAUUAAUCAACAUCUUCAUUUAUUUUCAAUAUUUGUAAAAAGGCUUUUGAACAUAAUGCAGGAUUUUUUUCUUUCUACUUAAAAUGAUUCC